GGGAGCGGCCUCCGCCGCAGCGUCGUCUGGUUUUGGGGUUACAGCCGUUGGGUUACAGCCAUUCCCGCCCGGCGACGGGAGAACAGAGAACUGGCCGUUUCCAAAGUGGAAACGUUGAUUUUUUGUUGUUGAUUUUUUCUUAGGGGGGAAAAAGGGGGGUGCAGUCGCACCCAACGCACACCCCCUUCGGACGGCCAUGAGUGUAGAUGGGAACUGCAGAUGCAGGUUUAAACCGAAGAUAGACACAAAACGCUGAUAAGACCUGAAACGUCACCUAUUCCCUUUCUCCAGAGAUGCUGUCAGACCCGCUGACUUACUCCAGCAUUUUUUUUAUUUGUCGGUGUUCUGCAUCUGCAGUUCCUUCGUUCCAACACAUCCUGUUUGACCCGCUGAGUUAUUCCAGCAUUUUGUGUCCACAGAUGGGACAUGUUGGCAAGUUGGGCCGAAGGGCCUGUUUCCACGCUGUAAGAGACAGUUAGAGAAAUUAAUAUUCAUACAGAGGACGUGUAUGGCACAGGGGGGAGGCUCUGGGGCGUUGUGUUUUUAAGAGGGUGGAGUUAAAGGCUGGAUUUUGGGCUCUAGCUCCGCCACACUUUCUGUUUCACCGUUCGGGCCAUGUGGACGCUGCUAGCGAGGAGCCGCGGCGGCUGCUGCUGCUACAGCCGACAGCUGCUGCCCGGGACACGGGCCUACACUCAGCGCCUGCCGGCCAUCGGCACCAAGGAUGGAGCCGCACAGCUGCCGGCAGCCGCCCGACAGCUCCCGGGCACCGGCGCGAUGGGGAGCAUCAGGCGGAUAAUUCAGAAGUGUAAAGCAGAGUUGGUAGCCUUGAAGAAAUGUGAACCUGGUUUUCACCCAAGUCUGGCCAUUGUACAGGCUGGAGACGGUGACAUGGUGGAGGUGAAGAAGAUGGCCGAAGAGGUCGGGUUGCAUGUUGUUCAGGUCCAUUUGCCCGAAGAAACGGCGGCAAAGGAGAUUGUAAACGAGAUUAUGAAGUUAAACGAAGAUCCAAAAAUUCAUGGUUUGGUUCUUCCCCUCAGCCUUGUGAGCGAUGAUGCCGUGAAUGUGGUGAAUCCUGAAAAGGACGUGGAUGGGAUCACAGAUGUUAAUUUGGGGCGAUUGGUCCGUGGGAAUUUGAGCGCGUGCUUCGUCCCGCCAGCUGCAAGUGCAGUGAUGGAAUUUCUGGACCAAGCAGAUCUGCUCACGCUUGGAAAGAAGGUUUUGAUUAUAGGGGAGGGUGGAUCACGGGAGGCAGCCCUGCAGAUACUCGUGCAGAGGGAGGGGAUGGUGGCUGUGAGCUGCCUGUGGCAGAGCUCCAACAUCGUGGAACUGGUGAAUCAGACUGAUGUGGUGGUGGUGACCAGUCCCGCUCCAGACGGCCGUAAAGAUGACUGGCUGAGAGCUGACUCAACCAUAAUCGCCUAUGACUUGCCAGCCUUUAGCUCGAGGUCUGGCUGCCAAGAUUUCCAGCACAAAGAUCCUGGACCAUCGCACGAUGAAAUUGGACUCCUGACAGUAGCUAUGCAGAUCAAGAACACAGUGGAAAGCAGUACCCGGUGGUUGAAACAGCAACAGCACAAGAGAUGGAAUAUUCAACUCCUCAGGUUACACACCAUCUCACCUGUCCCCAGUGACAUCGAGAUCUCCAGUGCACAGACUCCAAAACCGAUCAGCCUCCUCGCCAAAGAAAUUGGGCUACAUCCAACUGAAAUAGAAUCCUAUGGAAGGAACAAAGCAAAAGUCAAACUGUCUCUCUUGGACAGAUUGAAGAACCAAGAAGAAGGAAAAUAUGUACUGGUUGCUGGAAUUACACCGACUCCUCUGGGAGAGGGAAAGAGUACAGUGACUAUUGGAUUGGUUCAAGCACUGGGUGCUCAUCUGGGCAUUAAUGCAUUUGCUUGUGUGAGGCAGCCAUCACAGGGGCCAACAUUUGGUGUUAAAGGUGGAGCUGCAGGAGGUGGAUAUUCUCAGGUCAUCCCCAUGGAGGAGUUCAACCUUCACUUAACUGGGGACAUUCAUGCCAUUACAGCAGCCAAUAACUUGUUGGCUGCAGCUAUUGAUGCCAGGAUGUUGCAUGAAGCUGCUCAAUCAGACCAGGCACUCUAUAAUCGUUUGAUGCCUAUUGUGAAUGGAGAGCGACACUUCUCUGCCAUCCAGCUUGCACGACUAGCACGGCUGGGGAUCGAGGCGAAGGAACCCCACUCACUGACACCAGCGGAGAUCAGCAAGUUUGUCCGCUUGGAUAUUGAUCCAUCUACAAUUACCUGGCAACGAGUGGUCGAUACAAAUGAUCGUUUCUUGCGUAAAAUAACGAUUGGGCAAUCUAACACAGAGAAAGGAUUUAUGAGAGAGGCUCAGUUCGAUAUUGCUGUUGCCAGCGAGAUCAUGGCGAUCCUCGCCCUAACGGACAGUCUGGCCGACAUGAAGAAGCGACUCGGAAAGAUAGUGGUGGCCAAUGACCGGAAAGAACAACCAGUUACAGCUGAAGAUCUGGGAGUUAGUGGUGCGCUGGCGGUGCUGAUGAAAGAUGCAAUCAAGCCAACAUUGAUGCAAACACUAGAGGGAACCCCUGUGUUCGUGCACGCGGGACCUUUCGCAAACAUUGCGCACGGCAGUUCUUCGGUUUUGGCUGACAAGUUGGCACUGAAGUUGGUUGGCCACGAGGGGUUUGUGGUGACUGAGGCUGGCUUUGGUGCGGACAUUGGGAUGGAGAAGUUCUUCAACAUCAAGUGCAGGGCCUCGGGGCUCCAGCCUGACGUGGUGGUGCUUGUGGCAACAAUCCGAGCCCUGAAGAUGCACGGUGGCGGUCCCAGUGUUUCUGCGGGCAAGCCCCUAGCGAAAGAGUACACCAAGGAGAACCUGCCGCUGGUCGCUGACGGGUGCUGUAACCUGCAGAAACAGAUCCAAAUCGCUCAGCUCUUCGGCAUUCCGGUCGUGGUCGCCCUCAACGUUUUCAAGACUGACAGCAAGGCGGAGAUUGAGCUUGUCUGCGACAUUGCAAAGAGUUCCGGUGCAUAUGAUGCAGUCCGUUGUGACCACUGGGCAGCCGGGGGCAGGGGAGCCGUGCAGCUGGCGCAGGCUGUCAGCAAGGCUGCCGACCAGAAGAGUAGCUUCUGCUACCUCUACGACCUACAGAUGCCCAUUGUGGAAAAGAUACGCACAAUAGCCAAGGAGGUGUAUGGGGCUGAUGAUAUAGAGCUAUCUCCUCGAGCUCAGUCCAAGGUGGAUCUCUACACCAGCCAAGGCUUCGGAGAACUGCCAAUCUGCAUGGCAAAGACCCAUCUGUCUCUGUCGCAUCAGUCUGAGCGAAAGGGAGUUCCCACUGGCUUUACUCUGCCGAUCCAGGAUGUACGUGCUAGUAUUGGGGCUGGCUUUAUCUUCCCACUGGUUGGCACGAUGAGCACCAUGCCAGGACUACCCACUCGGCCUUGCUUCUAUGACAUCGACCUCGACUCAGAUACGGAGCAGGUGCGGGGAUUGUUCUGAAGGCAACUCUCAGACUGCAGAUUACUCAAAUAUCCUGUUUCUUGAUGAAUAAACAUCAGCUCCAUCUGCCUUUUAAUGAAGUUGUGGGAAGAUUACCAAGGCCUUGAUCAAGUUUUGUAUUAAGUUAAGCCCUAGUUUCCUGAUGCAAGCAUUCUGCACUGAUGAAUCUUAUCCAGUCUCUAUCAACAACAUUGAUGCAUAUUUAAUAACUUGAUAUUUGUGGUUGGAUAUGACGAUGCUGAAUAACUAAUUUAAAAUGUGUUAUAAGUCAGGUGUCAUUUUAUAUUUCAGUAUUCUGUAGUGACAUGGUUACCGUGCCCAAUGCCACACACUCACUCACACACACACACACACACACACACACACACACACACACACACACACACACACUCACACUCACACACACACACACUCACUCACACUCACGCACAAACACACACUCGCACUCGCACACACACACACGCACACACACACACUCUCUCACACACACACACACUCUCUCACACACACACGCUCUCACACACUCACACGCACACACACACUCACUCACACACUCGCACACAUACACUCUCUCUCACACACACACACUCACACACAUACACUCACUCACUCUCACUCACUCACACAUACACUCACUCACACACAUACACUCACUCACACACACACACUCACACACAUACACUCACUCACUCACACACAUACUCUCACUCACACACACAUACACUCACUCACACUCACACACACACACACAUACACUCACUCUCACUCACACACACACACACACACACUCACACACACUCACACACAUACACUCUCUCACACACACACACACAUUGCACAAGGAAACAUUACAUAGCUGUUCAGAGGCAAAGGGUUGUUGAAUCUAAAUUUGACAAUGUCUCUUAUGUUCAUCUUUAUGAACUAUCUAUCAGAAUCAAACAGAUGAAUGGCUUGCACCUUCCAGACCAAGAUGGGGCUAAAAUUAAGUACUUUAAAGUACUUUGUAAUUAAUUCUGAGCAUUUUGUGGAUUUUUGAAACCACCAAUUUAUUCCUUGACAUCACUUAAAAUGCCAAAUGAAAAUGAAUCCAUGUUUCCUUUCCAUGCACAAUACCACAUCCAACUGGGCUCUUGUUACGAGCCUAAAAUUGAUUUUGAGGAAAGUUUUGUUUUACUUUAUCACCCAUUAGGCUUGAAACUACUGAUAAUCAUCCCUUGGGUCCAUUUAAAAAAAAAGAUUAUAUCGAGCUCCACGAUUUAUUGCAGGUUUUUGUAAGCAAAUACUUGAACCGUUAACAACACAAAGUGCUGGAAUAACUCAGCGGGUCACGCAGCAUCCCUGGAGAACAUGGAUAGGUGACGUUUCGGUUCAGGACCUUUCUUCGUAAAAGAAGGAAGAAGGGUCCUGACCCGAAACAUCAGGACUGUGCGUUCUCCCGGGAUGCUGCCUGACCAACUGAGUCACUUCAGCACUUUGUCUUUGUUUUGUAAAUCAGUAUAUGCAGUUCCUUGUUUCUACAUCUUGAACAGUUAACAGUUAACCCUGAGCAUAACAUGCAAGGGUCAAGUCAGCUUGUUAUUAAUCUUUCCAUGUCUGCUUUCUCAAGUGAUCAUUGCUCUCUUGCUGAUAAAUAUCUGUGACCAAGGUCACAGUUCAGCACGGUCACAAGGUGACCAAGAUUUUGCCUUCACUAGACUUCUAACACCUGAAAUAAUGGGAAGUAUUGGCCGUGAAGUGAACAGUCUCAGCACCCAACCUUCCCCUGUCACAUUCCGCAUGCAGAGGCCUCUGCCGCUGUGGUAAUUGAAAGCAAGACGGGGCUAGGUGCAAGUCUGCAGAGGGUGGUCACGCAUUCACCGGUAAAUAAGGUGCCUCUUUAAGCUUGAGAUAGCAACAAAUUUGGAAGAUAUUAUUGGCGUGGUUGACAUGGACCUAAUGUUUGCUCAUUGCAUAUGUUUACACUUUUUGUUCUGUAGUCACUGUGUGUGACGCAACAAUAAAAAAUGAUGCAGCUUGUUUCAACUUGA